UUUCAAAAUUUGAAAAAAAAGGUUCCCAAAUUUCUCUCUCGCAAAUAAAAUCCCUCGUCUCUCUUUUGGUCUGCCUUUCUCUUUCGGAAUCUUUGGUCUCAAUUUCCUUGAAUUGAAGAAAAGUGAUGGCUCGUACAAAGCAAACUGCCCGUAAAUCAACCGGAGGAAAGGCUCCCAGAAAGCAGCUCGCCACCAAGGCUGCAAGGAAAUCUGCACCUACCACCGGCGGAGUCAAGAAGCCUCAUCGCUACCGUCCGGGAACCGUCGCUCUUCGUGAAAUCCGUAAAUAUCAAAAGAGCACAGAGCUUUUGAUCCGCAAGUUACCCUUUCAGCGCCUUGUUCGUGAAAUUGCCCAAGACUUCAAGACGGAUCUGAGGUUCCAAAGCCAUGCGGUCCUGGCAUUGCAGGAGGCUGCGGAGGCAUAUCUAGUGGGUUUGUUCGAGGAUACCAACUUGUGCGCAAUCCAUGCCAAGAGGGUCACGAUUAUGCCCAAGGAUAUUCAGCUCGCCAGGCGAAUCCGUGGGGAGCGUGCUUAAUUUUCUUUUCUUUAAUUCCUAUAAUAGUUUGUUUUCUGUUUCUGGGUAUAUCGAUUUCAUUGUAAUCAAAACUGGGUUGCACAGAAUGUUUAAAAUUUCUCGUUAUAUUAAUUAACGAAUCAUGAUUCAUCUUUACA